CUUUUAUUAUCUUCCCUCUCCGACAGCAUGAGCUGACAGUUGUUAUGAAAUGGGAGUGAGGCCGGGCAGGACAUAGAUGUGUAAGAAGCUCCUGGACUUUAUAUAAUAUUAUGUUUUAGAAUAAUAGAAUAAUUUAAAUAAAAUGCACAGUCAGGUUUUAUGUCGCGGCACCGCGGCGGGAGUCGCUGCGAGGAGGAUGCGGAACAUCUUGGGCUGUGUCCUGGGGAGAGACGGCUGGAUGUGGAGAACCCGUGAGGUCAAACUUCUCAACACGGCCUCAGGUGACACAGUGAAGAUCGGAGAGAUCACCUACAAACUCAAAACACCCCGGAACCCAGAACUCGUUCCUGUCAAACACAUUUCAGACUCGCUGCCGCAGACAGUGGCUCAGCACCUACGGUGGAUCAUGCAGAAAGACCUUUUGGGCCAGGACGUGUUUCUCAUUGGUCCUCCAGGACCCCUGAGACGAUCCAUAGCAAUGCAGUACCUUGAGUUGACCAAACGGGAGGUGGAGUACGUGGCUCUGUCCAGAGACACCACAGAGACGGACCUCAAGCAGAGGAGAGAGAUCCGCUCAGGGACGGCCUUCUACAUAGACCAGUGUGCCGUGAGGGCGGCCACACAAGGUCGAGUCCUGGUCCUGGAGGGGCUGGAGAAGGCGGAGAGAAACGUCCUGCCCGUCCUCAACAACCUGCUGGAGAACAGGGAGAUGCAGCUGGAGGACGGACGCUUCCUCAUGUCGGCCGAGCGUUACGACAAGCUGCUGCAGGAGCACACCAAAGAGGAGCUGGACAGCUGGAAGAUUGUGCGGGUAAGUGAGGACUUCCGGGUCAUCGCUCUCGGCCUUCCUGUUCCCAAGUACAAGGGCAACCCGCUGGACCCUCCGCUCCGCUCGCGCUUCCAGGCCAGAGACGUCUACUACCUGCCGUUCAAGGACCAGUUGGAGCUGUUGUACACAGCAGGACCAAACAUUGCUGCAGAAAGGGUGUCCCAGCUGCUGUCUCUGGCCACCACGCUGUGCUCCCAGGAAUCCUCCAACCUGGGCCUCCCCGACUUCCCUGUGGACAACCUGCUCCCCGCCCUCCACGUGCUGAACUCCUUCCCCAUGCUGUCCUCCCAGCAGCUCGUCCAGAGACUCUACCCCUACAACAGUCUCCUGGGGAAGGACGGGCGCAGCGCUGUGGAGGGUGUUCUCAGUAGAUUUGAGCUUCUGGACGGUCGUCGCCAGACGGCACCCGCCACCAUCACGAGCGUGACCGUGACGAGGGAUCUGGAGGGCCGCGCUGAUGUCACGCUACGUGUCGCGGACAAGGACGUCACCUUUCAGGUCCCGGCGGGAACCAAGGAACCUCGUCCGCCCAGCAGCAGCCCCAACUUCAUCAGCACGCCGAGCCACUCCCAGCUGAUGUCUGAGAUGAUGCAGUCACACAUGGUUAAGGACAUAUGUCUGAUAGGAGCCAAGGGCUGUGGAAAGUCCGUUCUUGCCAGAGAGUUUGCCGAGACGCUGGGUUACAGCAUCGAGCCCGUCAUGCUCUACCAGGACAUGACAGCCAGGGACCUUCUCCAGCAGAGGUACACCCUCCCUAACGGAGACACCGCGUGGAGGCCGUCGCCCCUGGUUACUGCUGCCGUGGAGGGAAAGCUGCUGCUCCUGGAUGGCAUACACAGGGUCAACCUGGGAACCUUGGCAGUGCUGUCCAGGUUACUCCACGACAGGGAGCUGGAUCUGUACGACGGGACCAGGCUGCUGAGGUGGGACAGAUACCAGGCAAUCAAGGAACAACUGCAGUUCACUGACGAGCAACUGCAAGAGAGGUCCAUCUUCCCCAUCCACCCGUCCUUCAGGGUGCUGGCCCUGGCCGAGCCCCCUGUUGUUGGGGCCAGUACCAGCAGCAGCAGAGGUCAGCAGUGGUUGGGCCCGGAGCUGCUCACUAUGUUCCUGUACCACACCGUCACCCCGCUGGCCAAAGCAGAGGAGAUGGGCCUCAUACAGGGACUGACUCCUGACGUCCCAGAGGAAGCAGCAGAGCAGCUCCUGCACCUCACACACAGUCUCCGCAAGACAAACGACGCCACCGCACAGUCUCUGGCCUCCUCUCUCUCCACCAGACAGCUGUUGAGGAUCUGUCGCCGUCUCUCUCUGUACCCCGAGGAGAGCAUCGCCCACGCUGUCAAUAAAGCUUGUCUCUCUAGGUUCCUUCCCAGCCUGGCUCGUGCCUCUCUUGAAAAAAGCCUCGCCAGCUGCUCCAUACAGGAAGCUCCAGACCCGGCUGAACACACUCGAGAUUACAGCUGUAUGGUAAAAGAUGGUGUGCUGACUAUCGGCAACGUGUCCGCUCCCGUCUACAGCCCCAGCGAGAAAAUGAAGGUUCCAGACGUUCUCUUCUAUGACAACCCCCAGCACAUGAUGGUGAUGGAGGACAUGCUGAAAGACUUCCUGUUAGGGGAGCACCUCCUCCUGGUGGGAAACCAGGGCGUGGGGAAGAAUAAGAUAGUGGACCGGUUCCUGCACCUGCUGAACAGGCCCAGAGAAUACCUGCAGCUCCACAGAGAUACGACUGUCCAGACUCUGACCCUGCAGCCCUCAGUCCGAGAUGGCAUCAUCACGUAUGAGGACUCACCUCUGGUGAAAGCAGUGAAACUGGGUCACAUACUGGUGAUUGAUGAGGCCGAUAAAGCUCCAACAAACGUCACCUGCAUCCUCAAAACACUGGUGGAGAGCGGAGAAAUGAUCCUGGCCGACGGACGCAGGAUCAUCUCAGAUCCACGUGAAGCCAAGAGCAGACCCAACGCCAUCGUCAUGCAUCCAGACUUCAGGAUGCUGGUGCUGGCUAACAGACCGGGCUUUCCUUUCCUGGGAAACGACUUCUUUGGAGCUCUAGGUGACAUCUUCAGCUGCCACGCCGUGGACAACCCGAAGCCCCAGGCCGAGCUGGCGAUGCUCAAACAGUACGGCCCCGACGUUCCCGAAGCCACGCUGCAGAAACUGGUGGCCGCCUUCGGAGAGCUGCGGUCCAUGGCCGACCAGGGCACCAUCACCUACCCCUACUCCACCCGAGAGGUGGUCAACAUCGUCAAACACCUGCAGAAAUUCCCAGGCGAGGGUUUGGCCAACGUGGUGAGAAACGUCUUCGACUUCGACUCGUACAACAAAGACACGAGGGAGGUUCUGAUCGAAGCUCUGCACAAGCACGGGAUUCCCAUCGGAGCCAAGCCCAGCUCUGUCAAGCUGGCUAAGGAGUUGCCGCUGCCCGAGGUGAAGAUGACGGGAUACUGGACAAUAAACCAAGGUGGCAACGCUCGCCGCAAACUGCUCUGCCCCACCGAGACACACCCCAUAGACAUCAAGGGCCCCGUGUUUCUGCGUGUACAGGGUUACCCCUGCAACAGGCAGGAGAGCAGGGCUUUGAGUUUCAGUGAAGAGAAAACCCACUGGCAGCUUCCCAUGAAUGAAGUCAACAUCAUCUGUGAUGUCACCACCAAAGACGACAUGCUGUACGUGGCCACGUGUAACCCGGUGUCCCUGUUCUCCAUGAAGGAGCGUGGAGACACCAUCCACUGCAUGGAGCUCUACGACGUCUUCCCCAGGACCGUCAGCGGCGUCUGGCAGCCCUUCGUCACCGUAGCUCCUCUGGGGAGUCCUCUGGAUGGACAGGUGGUGCUGCACGAGGAGCAGAGUAACACGGUGCUCCAUCUGGACUGGGUGACCGGCGCCGUGCGGAGGCUCAUGUUGUCUCCGGACUCGGAUCCGCCCUCCACCAGAACCUCCAACUGGUGGAGCAGCAAGGAGCAGCAGGGAGGACAUAAAAUGUGUCGUGACUUCUCUCACAAGAACUGGCUCCUCUUCUAUAAGGAGGACGGAAACCAGCUGGAGGUGCUGGAUGUGCUGGAGGGCCGGGUUCACUCCAUCUCCCUGCCCAUCAACCUGAAGUGUGUCUUCCUCGUGGCAGAGGACCGAUGGCUGCUGGAGGAGAGCAACACCAACAAGAAGUUCCUGCUGACCAAGCCGGUGCACAUGGCGGCUGAGGACUCUGGAGUGUGUCAGCUCCACAGCAUCAGCGAGGACCCGGUCAGCUCGGGCCACGGAGCCGGUUCAGCUGACGUGUCCGUGCCCCAGAUGUUGUCAUGUGAACAGCUGCCCAGCGAGAACCUCAGUGCCGCCCUGGACCAGAAGAUCGUGUCACCAAACCGUUUACUGGCCGACACCGGCUCCUUCGCUCGGGUCGUCGUCGGCUUCCCCGACCUGAUGUCUCCUAACGAGGUGUACAGCUUUAAGAGGCCCGUUGACCUGUCGGCGAUGAAGAGCGGCGAGGGCGGGGCUCACACGUUCCUCAGAGGAGGGCUUCGGUCCAGCGCCGCCAAACAGCAGAACUGCGUCAGUCUGCUCUCAGCCAAUCAGGUGGUCCGAGCCCUUCCCCCCAACAAGGUGCCCCUGAAGGAGGUGUACCCCAAAGAUGUCACACCUCCGAUGACAGCGGCGUACCUGGAGGUGACUGAUCUGAACGCCAAGAAAGUCAAAUACAUCCCUGUCCCGAGGUCAACGUCCGUGUCGCCUUACACCAGCUGGUUGUCCAAGGUGUCCGAGUCCGACGUGCUGAUGGCUCCCCUCGGCUCCGGGGGUGUGGUCACAGUGGACAUGGGCGGGUACGUCCGGCUGUGGGAGACGGGACUGGACGCCCUGCAGCGAUCACUGAUGGAAUGGAGAAACAUGAUCGGGACGGAGGACGGCCGACCCUUACAGAUCACCAUCCAGAGGGACAGCGGUCUGGACGUCACGGCCCCUAAACACGGCAAGAUGGACCCCAACAACGCUCCUCAUGUCGGGGGAAACCAGUGGGCGGGAGGCACAGGCGGCAGAGACACGGCAGGGCUGGGAGGUAAAGGGGGACCCUAUCGCCUGGAUGCUGGACACAAGGUCUACCAGGUCUCCCAGGCCGAGAAGGACGCAGUCCCCGAGGACGUCCGCAGAGCCGCCCGAGAAAUGGCUGAGAAGGCCUUCAAAGAUCGGUUGAAGGAGAUCGACAUGAGCGAAUAUGACGCCACCACGUACGAGCGCUUCUCCGCCGCCGUGAGGAGACAGGUUCAGUCGCUACGCAUCAUCCUGGACAACUUACAGGCUAAGGGGAAGGAGCGGCAGUGGCUGAAGAACCAGGCUCUGGGAGAACUGGAUGAUGCUAAAAUCAUUGAUGGUCUGACUGGAGAGAAGGCCAUCUAUAAACGCAGGGGAGAGCUGGACCCAGAGCUGGGCAGUCCUCAGCAGAAGCCCAAGCGUCUACGCGUUCUGGCUGACGUGUCGGGCAGCAUGUACCGCUUCAACGGCGUGGACGGCAGGCUGGAGCGCUCCAUGGAGGCGGUGUGCAUGGUCAUGGAGGCUCUGGAGAGCUACGAGCACAAGUUCAAGUACGACAUCGUCGGCCACUCAGGCGACGGCUACGACAUCGAGCUGGUCAGAGCCGACAAAGUCCCCAAGAACAACAAGCAGAGACUCAAAGUCCUCAAGACCAUGCACGCCCACGCUCAGUUCUGCAUGAGCGGCGACUUCACGCUGGAGGGCACGGACGCCAGCAUCAAGGAGCUGGCACGAGAAGAGGCCGACGAGCACUUUGUGGUGGUGCUGAGCGACGCCAACCUGGAGCGCUACGGCAUCCGGCCCGAGCGCUUCGCCCACGUCCUGACCUCUGACCCGCAGGUCAACGCCUUCGCCAUCUUCAUCGGAUCCCUGGGAGAUCAGGCCGAAAGACUCCAAAAGACCCUUCCAGCCGGGAGAUCCUUCGUUGCCAUGGACACUAAGCAGAUCCCCCAAAUACUGCAGCAGAUCUUCACAUCUACAAUGCUGUCCAGUGCCUGAGCCUGACGUGCACACACACACACACACACACACACUCUCUCUCUCUCUCUCUCUCUCUCUCACCUUAUCUCACAUUGAAAACCUCAUGAUUCGUUCUGCAUGUUCUGAAACCUGUCAGCCGUGUGGCGCAGUGUCUUAUCACAACGUGUCCUUAACCCGCCGUCUGUAUCAGGUCUGAAUCAGGUCUGAAGACUCGCCCACAUGCAGGUCCUGGAGGGGGGGCAGGUUGUGUUUUGUUUUGUUUGUUGUUUUACAGAAUCCCUCAGUGUGUGUGUGUGUGUGUGUGUGUUGUGUGUGUGUGUGUGUGUGUGUUGGCGUGACAGACGGAGAAUGUCUGGCUGCUUUGUAGUGUAGAUACUGUACAACACAAAGGGACUGUUCUGUGUGAAAUGACACACAGUGUGGAGGUAAGUGCAGUGACAUGACAGCGGCCUGGAGCCGGUCUCCGACCCCGUGUGGAGAUCAAACGCAGCCCGACCUGUUGUUGUUUUUAAUUGUGUCUACGGCCGACGGCGCUGACGCACACACGCACACGCCUCUGUCCUGUUUUGGGUUUGUGAGCGACUUCUCUCACAGAGGAGGGAGGGGGAGGGGGUCGUGAACCCGAGGCUGCUUCACUUAUUUUGGACUUCCUGCUCAUUUAUCGCCCGUCGCACAGGAAGGGAAACACUGACGCGCCACCUGACCGACACUCGGACACGGCGAGCGGCAACAACUUGGCUCCUGUGGAAUGUUGGGACUGUGACCAGGGAAUUUCCCACCUGACUGCACACGCUCUUUAAAGGCAGCCGCCAUUGCACAACCCCCCUGUCGUGUGUGUGUGUGUGUGUGUGUGUGUGUGUGUGUGUGUGUGUGUGUGUGUGUGUGUGUGUGUGUGUGUUCUCAGAUCUUAGAUCGCCUUACAUUGCCAGACCUCUCACUCCUCUCUCUCUCUCUCUCGAACACACACACCUCUGCCGCUGUGAGGCACUUGAGCAGCAGGAUCUAUGACCUCGUGUGUCAGUGUGUGUUCAGUUGUGUGUGUGCACACAGACCUGUGUGCGUGUGCACAUCAUCUCAGUAACACUUUGUUACACAUCCUGUAUUUUCUUGGAAAUUUUCUUUAUAACUUCCUAAAAAAUGAUCUGAUAUUUAUCUGUUAAUUAUUAGGAUAUUUCCAAUAUAAUUAUAAGGGAAAUGGAGAAAGUGUCAGUUGCUAUAGUAACGGCUCGUCAUGUUCGAGUUUUGAAAAAGAUAAAUAAGAAAUGUUUGCCUAAGUAGAUGGAAAACAGUUCAUAAACAGACCGAGUUUCCUGCAAAUAAAGUGAGUGGCUUUAUUUUACAGGUCUGCUGUUGAGAAGGAAGAAAAGAGUUUGUAAGUUUAACUGCUGAUUGGAUAAAAGUUUAUGACACUGAGUGUUUGAUUCUUUGAUCCUUCUUAGUUUGAAACACUAAAGAACAGAAUUCGACAGUCGCAGCUUGUUUUCAGGUCGUCCGUCUCAUUCUCGUGGACACGGUGUCUCAGUUACACCUCCAGGGAACUUCUUCAAAUUUGGCACAAACGUUCAUUUGGACUCAAAGAUGAACUGAUUCAAAUUUGGUAAUCAAAGGUCAAAGUUCAAGGUCACUGUGACCUCACUAAUUAUCUAACUCAAAUGUUUAUAAGGAUGAAAUGAAGUGACGACAUUUCAUAUCCAAAAGGUCAAAGGUCAACUUCACUGUGACAUCAUAAUGUUCUCAGGGAGGAGACACUGUGACCAUUCUUCCUGUAACAACCACGAGGAGGUGAUUGUAGUUUGUUUGUUUUUAACUCGCACAUAAUGAAGAUUUGAAUUAUUUGUAAAAUAAAACAUCACCAUCAUUUGUACUCUGUGUAUCUGCUCUGAGAAAAUCUCAGUCACGUGCAUCAGUUCAGCCUCUGGUUUUCACUCUUGGUGUUCCGGUCUGACUGUGCUGCACUGACAGGAUCAAUAAUUAUAAUCAGUCUCUAUUGAUCUGUCGUUGAUAGAGGGAUGACCCUGGUUAUUCAUCUCUCCUCUGACCUCCUCUCUCUUUGCAGUGGAAACAGGACUCCACAUGUUUAACUUAUAUACCCAAACUUCAUGUCUGGGUAUGAAGGCACUAACACAAUUUAAAAUAAUAUUCAUUUUAAUGUAUUUAGUCUUAUUUAAUUGUACAUUGUGAUUAAUUUGUGUGAAAUGUACAAACUUUUAAUAAAUGAUGUAAACAUUG